AAUUUCUGUCUCCGACGAAGCUGACCUUGUGAUUAAGCACUUCUCCGUUUUCGUGCUGCAAUUCCAUGGCGUCUUACGUUUCAUUGCGCUCUCUGUCUGUCUCUCGCUCUCGCUCUCGCUCUCCGACUUCCAGCAUGAAGUCCUCGAAAUUGUGUAAUCGCAUGUGAAUGGAAUUUGCUGGCUUUGCGUGUUGCGGUUCGACAGUUUACCAGGUGAAUUGCCUUGUCUUAUUUAUGCCCACCAGGUGCUUGCUCAUUGUUCUGCGUGAGUAGUUGAGAAGAAAUCCCUUGCUUGCGAGAAUGGCAAAAAGCAAAUACGAGUACGUGAAGUCGUUUGAAGUGGAGGAUGAGGUGAUGCAGCCGAAUUUGAUCAUUGUGCGAAUUGAGGGAUGCAAUUUCGAGAGGUUUUCCGACAUCCAUGAUCUUGAAAAACCUAACGAUGAGAAAGCACUGGCUCUGAUGAACUCAUGUGCUGCUGCUGUGUUGGAGGAAUAUCCUGAUAUAGUUUUUUCUUAUGGAUUUAAUGAUGAAUACAGUUUUGUUUUCAAGAGGAAGACAAAGUUCUAUCAAAGGCGAGCCAGGUACUUUCCGAGACUCCAUGUCAAUUUCAACAAAAUGAUGUCGCUGAUUGUGUCUUUCUUCUCUUCUGUUUAUGCCACAAAAUGGAAAGAGUUCUUUCCCCUUAAGAAAAUGAAGUGUCCACUUUCCUUUCUUGCACGUGUUGUUUGUUGUGCCUCAUUAGAGGUUCUUCAAGCAUAUCUUGCAUGGAGACAAAGUGAAUGCCAUAUACGUAACCUUUACAAUACUUGUCUCUGGAUGCUACUUAAGAGUGGAAAAUCAGCCAAGGAAGCGGUGGAAGUUUUGGAGGGUACCCAAAAGCAAGAGAAAAAUGAGCUUCUUUUUCAGCAGUUCGGGAUCAACUACAGAAUGCUUCCUGAAAUAUUUCGUCAAGGGUCAUGUAUCUUUAUGACGCAGGCAGAAGAUGUAGUGAAGCACGAUGAGCAUGGAAUUCCCAUCAAAAGAAUGCGGCGAAAGCCUAGGAUGAUCCACAAUGAACAUAUAGCUGGGCGAAACUUUUGGAAUGGACAGCAAUAUCUCUUGAUGGAACUAGGUCCCUUUGACAAUGAGAUAAAGAAGAUAAAAGCAGAAUAUGUCAGAUCCUUUCUGUUUGAAAACAAGUUGAUGCCAUCUACUUGGAUUGUGAUCAGAAUUGAUGGUUGCCACUUCCACAGAUUUUCGGAAGUUCAUGAGUUUGAGAAGCCAAAUGAUCGGCAAGCUUUGAACCUUAUGAAUUCAUGUGCAGUGGCAGUUCUGGAAGAGUUUAAAGAUAUUGUCUUCUCUUAUGGUGUCAGUGAUGAGUAUAGCUUUGUUUUGAGCAAGGAUUCUAAAUGUUACCAGCGACAGGCCAGCCAAAUAGUUUCUGUCAUUGUGUCAUUUUUCUCUUCAGCGUAUGUGAUGAAAUGGAAAGACUUUUUCCCAUUUAAAGAGCUGAAGUAUCCUCCCUCUUUUGAUGGACGUGCUGUAUGCUAUCCUUCCACUGAAAUACUUCAAGAUUAUCUGGCAUGGAGACAAGUUGAUUGUCACAUCAACAAUCAGUACAACACCUGUUUUUGGAUGCUUGUCAAGUCAGGAAAAAGUAAAAGUGAAGCUCAGAGUUAUCUAAAGGGCACACAGACAAGAGAGAAGAAUGAACUUCUAAUCAGACAGUUCAACAUUGACUACAACACACUACCCAUAAUGUUCCUCCGGGGUUCCUCCGUAUUUCGUAUAAAGGGAGAGGACUCUGUGAUGCCCGAGGAUGGCACAUUUGAAGAAGUCAAACAGGAAAUAAUUUUGAGUCACUCCAAUAUCAUUGAAGAUAGCUUCUGGAAAGAGCAUCCAAGCAUAUUGUGUUAAUGUUUUUUCAUAUCGAAGUCCAGCGGAGUUCGAGAAGCUCGUUUUUUUUCUUUCUGACAUAGUUCUUUGAACUUCACCGGCAAUUUCUUUCGUUUUUUUUUUUUUUUGGGGGGGGUGGGGUGGUCUGGUGUAACUUUUUCAAUCGGUAUUUGCUGCAUUUAGGCAUAUUAGGCACUUUCUGAAGGGGGUUGACAAUGGACCAGUAUUCUUUCAUUUACAAUCAACGAUUGUGAUUUGUGAGCGAGUUUAUAUUAAGAAAAGUUCUUUCA